AUGAGCGAAGCAGCCAAGCAAUGUAUUGCCGACUUGCACGUUACCAAUCCUCGCCAUGACAAGAGGCGCAUCGAGGAAACCAAGGGCAGCCUACUUAGGGACGCCUACUUCUGGGUACUCGACAACCCCGAACUCCAUCAGUGGCGCGACAAUGCCGACCAGCGACUACUCUGGGUCAAAGGCGAUCCAGGCAAGGGCAAGACCAUGCUGCUCUGCGGAAUCAUCAAUGAACUCGAGAGGAUGCGCAACGAGGGACAAACUCUAUCCUACUUUUUCUUCCAGGCCACCGACAAGCGCAUCAAUACUGCGACGGCUGCAUUACGCAGCCUGAUCGACAUGCUCCUCGAGAAGGACGCCUCCCUCGUUUCUUACAUGGAAAAGCAGCACGCAGCCGCCGGCAGAGCCCUCUUCGAAGACACCAAUAGCUGGCAGGCGCUAUGCGAAAUCUUCGACAGCAUUCUCCAGGAUCCCAAACUUCAUGGAGUUAUCCUUGUGGUCGACGCUCUGGACGAGUGUUUGCAAGGUCUGCCAGUGUUCCUCGAUCUGGUGGUCAGGACCUCGCAAACAACCACAGCGAAAUGGCUCAUUUCAAGCCGUAAUUGGCCUCAGAUUGAGGAACCAUUACGCGAAGUAGCCCACAGGUUGUCGCUCGAGGUCAAUGAAAAAUCGGUCGCAAAAGCCGUAGACACAUACAUCGAGCACAAAGUAUCCAAGCUCGCACGACGCAAGGGUUACCGCGAGAAUCUCGCUAAGGAAGUACAACAAUAUCUGUCGUCGAAAGCAGAUGGCACGUUUCUCUGGGUUGCCUUGGUAUGUCAAGAACUCGAGAAGACUCGCCAAGCAAACGCGUUACAGAAAGUGAAGUCUUUCCCCCCGGGCCUUGAUGCUCUAUAUCGACGAAUGAUGGAGCAAAUUAUGGCCUCAGAGGAUACCGAACCCUGUACGCAGGUUCUUGCGGUUAUAGCAACGACCUAUCGGCCACCGUCGCUUCCCGAGCUGAUGACUUUGACCGGAGAGUCCUCGGAUAUAGGGACCAAUUGCGAAUCGCUACAGGAGAUCAUCAGCCUCUGCGGCUCGUUCCUCACUAUUCGUGAAGAUAAGGUGUACUUUGUCCACCAGUCGGCAAAGGACUUCUUGAUGAAGUCGCACGCGGUCGUUCUCUUCCCCCAAGGAGAGCCAUCUGUCCACAGCCACAUCCUCCAGAGCUCUAUCGAGGCUACGUCCAGCAUACUGAAGCGCGACAACUACAAUCUACGCGAUCCAGGCUUCCCAAUCGAGGAAAUCAAGCCGCCGAUGCCUGACCCACUCUCGACAGUCGGGUACUGCUGUGUUUACUGGGUCAAUCAUUUGGUGGAUGCCAUUAAAGAUCAGGUUGAAGGCAGCAGCGCGCGCGACGGCGGAUUAGCAGACAGCUUCUUGCGGAAUAAAGCUCUGUAUUGGAUUGAGGCGUUGAGUCUACUACGUGGCAUCUCAGAUAGCAUCGUUGCAUUAGAGGCUCUCAAACGGUGCAUUCGGCAGGAUUGUCCGAGUGCUUCAGAUCUUCAGACAAUAGUUGCUGACGUGUACCGUCUUCUACGAGGCUUUCGCCCGGCGCUCGAGAGCCGACCACUACAAUGUUACGCCUCGGCACUCGUUUUCAGUCCUGCCAAAAGUUUGGUUCGGAAGCUGUUUCACGGCGAGUUCCCGGAUUGGGUCACGUGCAAACCGGAGUUAUCGGAGAAGUGGAGCGCAUGUGAGGCGACACUCGAGGGUCAUACUGACUCGGUCCGGGCGGCAGCCUUCUCCCCAGACGGUCGCCGCGUUGUCUCGGCAUCGGACGAUAAGACAGUCAAGCUGUGGGAUGCGGCUACGGCCACGUGCGAGGCGACAUACGAAGUUGGUGCUGAUGGCUCUUUGUCAUUAAACACGACUGACACAUAUUUAUAUACCGGUGUUCAAGUACUCCGUGUCGGAAAUGACGUGGAAUACAUAUUGGAUCUAUAUCCAAAUAUGUCCGUCAUGGCCGGCCGCCAACGCUAUGGUAUCAGUUCGGAUGGUGCAUGGAUUUUGAGGGAUUCGCAGCCGGUCCUCUGGCUUCAUCCAGAGCUCCGAUCGCGAGUUGUUAGGUGGGCCACAGUGGAUGCAGAUACGAAAUUGGUUAUUGCAUGCUCGACUGGCCGCAUUUUUAUCCUACAUUUCACCUCUAUCUAG